CUUAUGUGCAGAUGUACUUGAAAAAUAUAAAAGAAGGACUACCACCUCGGAUUGAAUAUUCAAUUUCUAUUGAUAUUGAUGAGCCAAAGUUUACAUUGAAGUAGCUGCCUGCUCUGCCUAGCAAUGCUCAGCACAGCCGUCUAAGAACAGGUGCAGUAGUAGGAACAGCUUCUCUUCAGGGAUAAUCACUUGCCUACUGCAGACUUGCAACGUUACUCUAGACAACAAAGCAGGAAAGAUCAACCACAUGAUGGGGAUGUUGCAGGUAUGGACUCAGUGAGAUGGGACAAAGUAAAGGGAACAGACAAAGAUGAUGGGAUCCAUGACCAAGAAGAAAAUAUGCUAUUUUUUUAGAUUGUGGCAAUUUUAUUUGAUCAUAUCUUAUUUCCUUGGCAGAGAAGGGCAUAUCGAAAGGAGGGUGAGUCUACUUUAAACCCUUUUGGGACGAGGGGAGGAGACUUAUAGGCUGAGUAUGGAAACAUACCAGCAGUCUCCCCACCCCUAAGGAUGACUGCUGUAAGUAACUUUCUAAACUGUCAUUAGCUGAGGCAUUCCUGGGUGGAGUGUAGGACAUGGUUCCUGAAAUUCCUGUUACUGUAACAUGCAUUUCAGUACUUGUAGAUCUAAUUUCAUGUUUCUCUUUUUCCUCCCCGCUUAAUCUUAAGGUAAAAGUAGACUUGCAUGUAUCCUUGCCUCACAGCUACCCUCAUUCAGCACCGCAACUAUUUGCAAGAUCAAAUGCACUAGACAGACCGAAUCAACUGCAGCUCAAUAAACAUCUCACUUCUCACAUCAGUUCUUUGGAUUUAGGAGAACUGUGUGUAUGUGCAGCUGUGCAGUGGGUACGAGACAACAGUGCAUCUUAUUUCCAAAACAGUAACGUCUCUUUUGAAACUGCUCCAAAAGAAAAGGCAGUAAAAAUAAUUUUUCAUCGAAUGUGGAUCUAUAGCCAUCAUAUAUAUAGACAGGAACUGAAAAAGAAAAUCUUUGAUUGCGCAAAGCAAUUAAAUUUGACUGGUUUCUGCUUAACAGGGAAACCUGGUAUUAUCUGUGUGGAAGGGCUCAAAGAAAACUGUGAGGAGUUCUGGCAUGUUAUUAGAUAUCCUAACUGGAAACACAUUUCCUGCAAACAUGUUGAGAGUAUGGAAACUGAAGGAAAUGAGGAUAAGCUUCAUCUCUUUCAUACUUUUGAAGAUUUACAGUUCCAGGCACAUGGUGAUUAUGGACUGAGGAAUGACUAUCACAUGGAUCUUGGCCAAUUCUUAGAAUUCCUUAAAAAGCAUCAAAGUGAACAUAUUUUUCAAAUAUUAUUUGGUGUUGAAGGCAAACAUUCAGACAAUCAAGUGCAUAACUAGUUUUAAUUUUGCGCAGCGUUACAAAUGAUUUUUUUCAGUUGAUCCAUGGAUAUAUGAUGAUUAAAAACUGAGUGAAAAUGAUAUACUGUGCUUAUAGCUGUUAUAAUAAGGGAAACUAUGUAAAGUAAGAAAAUCAUGGUGCAAGGAUAGACCCUUUGCUUUUGUUUUAAAUACAUCAUAUGUAAAACCCUUCGUUUUCAGUUUAAACCAAUUUUUACGAAAAAAAUCCUGGGUUUUCAAAAUUACUUGUUUUUUUUUCUGAUUUUUGACCUACUUUUGUAUCAUUCAACUAUAUAAAAAUUUGUAUUGUAUUUUC